UCCCCGCGUUGAGCCAUGUUAUAGGAAAUCCGCUUGCGGCAGAUUAUUGUAAUCCGACAGAGGGUCUGGACGACACGUCGGAUCACGAUAAAAAAAAAAAAAACAAAGCGCAGCGGCCUGUAACAGAUGCAGCUGGUCCGAGAAUAAAAGGAUAAAGUCGGGAUAUGAUCUGAGGCGCGGCGCCGUGUUGCUGGAGCCAGAGAUCGGUGCUGCCCCGGGCCGCUUCAUCCGACACACACGGUGACAGCGGCUCGGCAUUUCUGCAUUGCAGAGCUCGGGAACAGCUACAAUUAGCUGGAUAGAAACAUUCUCUCCGUCAGCCCCUUCUUUCUAUCCGUGUCGGGGUUAAGUCCUGCUCGGCCUGGAAGCUGAGUGCUGCUGUCCUCUCUGCCGCUCCGAGACGCUCCGCUGCUAGCGCGGUUAGCCCAGCCCAGCUAGCCUGCUAGCCGGAGAGGAAUCUGUCAAGUUUGGUUCGGAUUCAGCUCCGUGUCCGCCCGCACCCAGCAGGGAGUGAGGAUGUCGGCCAAAGACCAGAACAAACUCUCUACUGUUGAACGGCCCAUCAAAACGGUGCCAUAUCCUCCCGGUACACGCCUGUCAGUCAAAGACCUGUAUGCGGACGGGAAGCCCAGCCUGGAGCUGCUGAAGGCCCAUCUGGUGAAGGAGGGUCGGCUGGAGGAGGAGGCGGCCCUGCGGAUCAUCAACGAGGGAGCCGGCAUCCUGCGCAAGGAGAAAUGCAUGCUGGAAGUUGAAGCUCCCAUCACAGUGUGUGGGGACGUCCACGGCCAGUUCUUUGACCUGAUGAAGCUUUUUGAGGUGGGCGGCUCACCCAGCAACACCCGCUACCUGUUCCUCGGAGACUAUGUGGACCGAGGCUACUUCAGUAUCGAGUGUGUGCUGUACCUGUGGGCGUUGAAGAUCAACUACCCCAACACCCUGUUCCUCCUCAGAGGGAACCACGAGUGCCGACAUCUCACAGAGUACUUCACCUUCAAGCAGGAGUGUAAGAUAAAGUAUUCUGAGCAAGUUUAUGAUGCCUGCAUGGAGGCGUUUGACUGCCUGCCUCUGGCCGCGCUCCUCAACCAGCAGUUCCUCUGCGUGCAUGGAGGUCUGAGCCCUGAAAUUACCUGCCUGGACGACAUACGAAAGCUGGACCGCUUCAAGGAACCUCCUGCCUUCGGGCCCAUGUGUGACCUGCUCUGGUCAGACCCGGGGGAGGACUAUGGCUCAGAAAAGACCCAGGAACACUUCUGCCACAACAGCGUGCGAGGCUGCUCCUAUUUCUACAGUUACCCGGCAGUAUGUGAUUUCCUGAUGAACAACAACCUGCUGUCUGUAAUACGAGCACAUGAGGCUCAGGAUGCAGGGUAUCGAAUGUACAGGAAAAGUCAGACGACAGGCUUCCCGUCUUUAAUUACAAUCUUCUCCGCUCCUAACUACCUAGAUGUGUACAAUAAUAAAGCUGCGGUCCUGAAAUAUGAGAACAAUGUGAUGAACAUCCGGCAGUUUAACUGCUCUCCUCAUCCCUACUGGCUGCCUAACUUCAUGGAUGUCUUCACCUGGUCCCUGCCCUUCGUCGGGGAGAAAGUGACGGAGAUGCUGGUGAACGUGCUGAACAUCUGCUCUGACGAUGAGCUGAUGUCUGAAGAGGAUGACACGUGCGAGGGCGGAGCUCCUGCUGCCAGGAAGGAGGUGAUCAGGAACAAGAUCCGGGCGAUUGGAAAGAUGGCACGCGUCUUCUCUGUGCUCAGAGAGGAGAAUGAGAGCGUGCUGCAGCUGAAGGGGCUCACUCCCACAGGAACGCUGCCCAUGGGAGUUCUGUCUGGAGGUCGACGCACUCUGCAAAGCGCCACCGUAGAGGCAGAGGAGGCACGAGCCAUUCAAGGCUUCAAUCCGCAGCACAAGAUCCAGAGCUUUGAGGAGGCCCGGGGUCUGGAUCUGAUCAAUGAGAGGAUGCCACCCCGCCGCGACAGCAAGCAGCACGAGGGCCCCCCCUCCCUUAACAACCUGCCAGCCAGCACCGGACCCCCGGAUAAGAACGGCACCAAUGCUCAGGCCUAGCUCCUUCUGGCUUCUCUUCCUCUUCUUAUUCUGUCCUUCCUUGCUUCCAUGUCCUUGGCCUCCAUCCUCCUGUCCGAGCUGGGGUGGGGGGCAGGGGGCGGGUGAGGGGGUCCGGUCGGAGUGCUUAUUUAUUUUCUCGUUGAGUAAAUAUCAUAGUAUGAGACUGAACCAAGGAAAUCUCAAAGUGACCAGGACUGGAUGCUUGCUGGUUCUCCAUACCACACCUCUGGGCCAGCUUUCUGUAUGUUUUUUUUUUUUUCUUUUUUUUUUUAAGCAUUGUGGGGGGGGGGAAUGCUCAUCCAAAUGCCGUUUGUGUUCAGACACACACACACACACAUCGUUUUCCUAUGCCAACAAUAGUGUGACUGAGCUCUGCGGAGCAAGUAUUGACAUUUAUACUGUAUAUGGAUAUUUUAACUGUUCCUGCUUUUCAAUGUGAUGUUUAUUUUUUACAGCACAGAGAUGGGCGGGGGGGGGAUGCUAAAGGGUUGUUCCGCUACAUUAUGACUCAGAAAACUUCCUGAACUGGGAAGCUCCUCCUCAGCUGAGGGACAACAGUCCAGGAUGAGGAGCUUCAGUUAAGAUGGAGUCUGCAGGAACUUUGGCACCAAGAUCAAAUUUAAAAGACUAAUUAGUGAAACUCUGAUUGGAACUAAAUUUGUUUUGUGCUUUUAUUUGUGGAGAAAGAAAGAAUUGUAAAACGGCAAGCUUUCCGGUUUAAAUUCAUGAAUUCUGACAUUCUUUAUGUUAAAACGGUGACGGCUUUUUGCUGGCUGGUUGCUCCUUGGGCUUCCAGCAGGCAGUACGCGUUCCUGCCUCGCUUCUGAUUCGCUCUUUCAACACAAAAGCCAAACAAAUCUGAGGCUUUUCAAAGACGUUGACUGAUGGAGGUCUCAUAGCAGCAAAUUAUUCUUUAAAAAAACGGAUUGAAAAAAAAGGCAAAAUGUUAAAUAAAAUGUACCCAAAUGAACUUUUCAUUAAACAACCACGGAAAAUUUUAUUUAAUACUGUUAAAUAAAAAAUUCAAUGAAGUCCGAAACGUAUAAAAAAAUUUGCUAAAUAUUUGAAAACCUGAAGGUUCAAUAAAGAAAUUAAAUAGAUUGAAAAAGCUUUAUUCCUCCGAGUCUGAACCGCUACUUCCUGGACCUCCAGGUCAAAGCCAACACACAGACUUCCUACGUGGCUGAAAACCAAAGUUAAAACAAAUUGACUUGAAAACAAGGAUUCGGUUCUGGACCGUGUGAAGCGGAGUUGUUGGACUGGCUUUGGUGGGGUUCUGGUAUGUUUUCAGUGUGAGUGGGGCCUGGAUGGGGUUUAUGUCGGGCCUCAUUUCUCAGAACAUCUCACAGAUUGUAUUUUUUUUUUUUUUUCUUUCCAGAUAAAUUUUAAUAUUUUUUUUUGUUCAUGUACUGCGAGGCCUCUCAUUUAUGUAGACAUUUCACUCCAUUCAAUAAAAAACUAAAAAAAAUC